AGCCCGAGUCCGAGGUAUUUGAGAUCACGGACUUUACCACUGCCUCCGAAUGGGAAAGGUUUAUUUCCAAAGUUGAGGAAGUGUUGAAUGAUUGGAAACUGAUUGGAAACACUUUGGGAAAGCCACUUGAAAAGGAAAUCUACCUGAAAACGAUUCAGUUUUAGAGUCACUUGUGCCUGGAGAAACAUUUGGUUUGUUUUAUUCCCAAAAUAGAUGAAAUGUCCAGGUGUAUUUACAUCUGGCACAUGGGAAGAGAAAUCAGAUGAAAUUUCCUUUGCUGAUUUCAAGUUCUCAAUAACUCAUCAUUAUCUUGUACAAGAACCCACUGAUAAAGAAGGAAAGGAUGAAGUAUUAGAAGAUGUUAUCCCACAAUCUAUGCAAGAUUUGCUGUGUAUGAAUAAUGACUUUCCUCCAAGAGCACAUUGCCUGGUAAGAUGGUAUGGAUUGCGAGAGUUCGUGGUGAUUGCCCCAGCAGCCAACAGCGAUGCUGUUCUUAGUGAAUCCAAGUGCAAUCUUCUUAUGAGUUCUGUGUCUAUCGCUUUGGGAAACACUGGCUGCCAGGUGCCACUCUUCGUGCAAAUUCAUCAGAAAUGGCGGAGAACGUAUGUGGGAGAAUGUCAGGGUCCCGGCGUCCGAACUGAUUUUGAAAUGGUUCAUCUUCGAAAAGUGCCAAAUCAGUACACUCAUUUGUCAGGUCUACUGGAUAUCUUCAAAUCAAAGAUUGGAUGUCCCUUAACUCCGUUGCCUCCAGUUAGUAUUGCUAUUCGAUUUACCUAUGUACUUCAGGAUUGGCAGCAGUAUUUUUGGCCUCAGCAACCUCCAGAUAUAGAUGCCCUAGUAGGAGGAGAAGUUGGAGGCCUAGAGUUUGGCAAGUUACCGUUUGGUGCCUGUGAAGAUCCUAUUAGUGAACUCCAUUUAGCAACUACAUGGCCUCACCUGACUGAAGGUAUCAUUGUGGAUAAUGAUGUUUAUUCUGAUUUGGAUCCUAUGCAGGCUCCCCAUUGGUCUGUUAGAGUUCGAAAAGCUGAUAAUCCUCAGUGUUUGCUAGGUGAUUUUAUUACUGAAUUUUUUAAAAUUUGCCGUCGUAAGGAGUCAACUGAUGAGAUUCUUGGACGAUCCGCAUUUGAAGAAGAAGGGAGAGAAAUUGCUGAUAUAAGUCAUGCUUUGUCAAAGUUGACAGAGCCAGCACCAGUUCCAAUUCAUAAAUUAUCAGUUUCAAACAUGGUACAUACUGCAAAGAAGAAAAUACAGAAACACAGAGGUGCAGAAGAGUCGCCACUGAAUAAUGAUGUCCUCAAUACUAUUCUCUUGUUCUUAUUCCCUGAUGCUGCUUCUGAGAAACCAUUAGAUGGAACUUCUUCAACAGACAACAAUCCUCCAUCAGAGAGUGAAGAAUAUAAUCUCUACAAUCAGUUCAAAUCUGCACCAUCUGACAGUUUAACGUACAAACUGGCUUUGUGUCUUUGUAUGAUCAAUUUCUACCAUGGAGGAUUGAAAGGAGUGGCACACCUCUGGCAGGAGUUUGUUCUGGAAAUGCGUUUCAGAUGGGAAAACAACAUUCUGAUUCCGGGAUUAGCAAGUGGACCCCCAGAUCUGAGAUGUUGUUUACUACAUCAGAAACUACAGAUGUUAAAUUGUUGUAUUGAAAGAAAAAAGGCACGUGAUGAGGGCAGAAAGACAAGUACUUCAGAUAAUGUGACUAAUACAUAUCCUGGGGAUGCUGGAAAAGCUGGAGAACAGCCAGAUGUGGGAAAAUCUUGGGAUUCUUGGAGUGAUAGCGAAGAAGAAUUUUUUGAAUGCCUAAGUGAUACUGAAGAACUUAAGGCAAAUGGACAAGAGAGUGGCAGGAAAGGAGGACUUAAGGAGAUGGCAAAUUUAAAGCCAGAAGGAAGACUCUAUCAGCAUGGGAAACUUACACUGCUACAAAAUGGAGAACCUCUCUACAUUCCAGUAACACAGGAACCAGCACCUAUGACAGAAGAUCUGCUAGAAGAGCAGUCGGAGGUUCUGGCUAAAUUAGGUACAUCAGCAGAAGGGGCUCACCUCAGAGCACGCAUGCAGAGCGCCUGUCUGCUCUCAGACAUGGAGUCUUUUAAGGCAGCUAAUCCAGGCUGUUUUCUGGAAGACUUUGUGAGGUGGUACUCCCCCCGGGAUUAUAUUGAAGAGGAAGUGGUUGAUGAAAAGGGCAACAUGGUUCUGAAAGGAGAGCUGAGUGCCCGAAUGAAGAUUCCCAGCAACAUGUGGGUAGAAGCCUGGGAGACAGCUAAGCCAGUUCCUGCUAGAAGGCAGAGGAGACUCUUCGAUGAUACGCGGGAGGCAGAAAAGGUGCUGCACUACCUGGCCGUACAGAAACCUGCAGACCUUGCUCGUCACCUGUUACCUUGUGUAAUUCAUGCCGCUGUACUCAAGGUAAAGGAAGAAGAAAGUCUGGAAAUCAUUUCUUCCGUUAAGAAGAUUAUAAAGCAGAUAAUAUCCCAUUCCAGUAAAGUUUUGCACUUCCCCAAUCCGGAAGACAAGAAGCUGGAAGAAAUCAUCCAUCAGAUUAUUAAUGUGGAAGCUACAAUUGCUAGAGCCCGCUCACUGAAAGCCAAGUUUGGAACUGAGAAAUGUGAACAAGAGGAGGAAAAGGAAGACCUCGAAAGGUUUGUGAGUGGCCUUUUAGAACAGCCUGAAGUGUUAGUCGUCGGUGCAGGAAGAGGACAUGCUGGCAGAAUUAUUCACAAGCUGUUUGUGAGUGCACAGAGGCUGACUGAAUCUUCUGAUGAGGCUGCAGCCAUGGCCCCACCGGAGGAGGAACUGAAGAGAAUGGGCCCCCCAGAGGAGAGAAGGCAGAACUCGGUGUCAGACUUCCCGCCCCCUGCUGGCCGGGAGGUCCUCCUGCGCACCACCGUGCCCCGCCCCGCCCCCUACUCCCGAGCUCUGCCCCAGCGCAUGUACAGUGUUCUCACCAAAGAAGAUUUCAGACUGGCAGGGGCCUUUUCAUCAGAUACCUCCUUCUUCUAAUUCUUCUAGAGUUACCUCAUUUGUGGCUUCAGAAACAGUGCUGACCCCUUCCAUGGAAAAGACUUGGGGUGCGCCAAUCAGAACCCUAGAGGCCAUGGAGAGGGCCUGUCAGUUGAAUGAUCACGCGUCAUACCAGCAUCUGAAAGACUUCCACGUGCCAAGCGUGGGCUGUGCCGUGUCUCGGUGGGGCCGAGGGAAUGGGCUUGAGCUAUUGAAAGGUUUCUUCCCCAAAGAGAUGGUCCUUGUUUGGGGUCGGGUUGGGGACCAAAAAACAACAGGAGCUCUCUACUCACUCUGGUGAGAUUGUGUUCAUUUAUUGUAAUUCUUUUCUGUGACUAUCCCUUAGGCUAUUGCCUUCAUAGUCUGUGUAAACACUUCUUAGUAUCAAGUAUGCAAAAUAGAGUAUCUGUUCACUCAGAUUUCUGGAUAUUUUGGUGGUAGCUUCUGUUCCCAGAAUCUGUGUUUUUAAAAUACUGAAUGACAUUCUGUUUUAUUCACUCACCUGGUGGACGUCUUCAUUGUACUAACGUUUGAAGAGCAUUUUGAAUAUUCUAGGAGAAAGCUCAGAAUUUCACAUAGUUUAUGUGUUUUUCCAUGUAACUAUGACCUAAAUGUAUUCCUUCUGAUAAAACUAUAUAUUAAAUGUUGCUGCAAAUUAGUUUGAUAUCUAUCUUGUAAGGUUUGUUUCUCUUUCUUGUUUUGGGGUGCCAUAUAAGUUAGAUAUCAACCUGCAAAUUGUUCUCUUCUUCUUUUGCUGUACAGCAUGCAUUCCUCUUUGUGUGGUUGCUGUCUAAGUACUGUAUUUAAUGAAGUAGAGAUGAACACAUGCUAAAAAUAUAGCCUUGGUACAUAGAGAUUAUCAUGCAGUUAGUGUAAUGUGGUAAAUGUGCUAAUGUAAUAAUGAAUAGGAGAUUAUUUCGCUGAACAAUUUCGUACUUUAGUUAAAAUGAAAAUAAUCAAUGGGGAUGUGUAGUAGCACCGAGUAUAAGGGUAACAGUUAUCUGAUGAUCAAGAGUUACUAAGUCUGUAUUGCUUAUAUGUCCUCUGUUCAGUAAUCUUAAAUCUAUUUUUUGGCCUAAAAUUCCUACUUUAUUCCAAAGUAAAAAUGGUUACACUGAAGCAUAGACCUUGCUGUGAAACUUUAAAGAAUAGAGCUGUGUAAACCUGAUACAUUAUUUUUGUAAAAAAAGUAUAUGUGUGUACAUAUGUGUGUACAUAUGUGUGCAUAUGUGCACAUAUGUGUGGCUGUGUGUGCAUAUGCAGUACGAGAGGCCUGGUGGUGAGCUCCCGGCCUCACAGUGCUUUUGUCUGAGAGCUGGACUUGGCUGCUGGGCCACCACACAGACCCGACCCGAGGUCCCAGCGCUGUACCUACUAGAAAACAUAUUUCAGGGACAGUUUGCUUUCUAAUGAGGAAGGUAAUAACAAAGAAACCUUUUACAGAGAUCGGUUGGACUUUAAAAAAGGGUUGUGAAUCUAAUAAAAAGGAAAGUGUUGCUUUCUCUGA